CAGUAUUUAAAGCUGUCACAACACCAAUGGAUCGGCAGGACAGAAGGAGAAUCAAUCCUCCCAGCGGAGGCACAGCUCCUCCACUCUUUGCUUCAGCCAUUGCUUUGGCAGGCGCAUCACAAUUCAAAAGACCAAUACGAUCAAGAAAACCCGAUGAGCUCCGCAAGAUAUUUCUUCAAACUGGUCUUGUGCCUUCAGCAUCAGGUUCAGCCUAUCUAGAACUUCAGUCACCCUCUCCAUCUGGGACUCACGAUCUUGUAUCAUCUAAGUCUUCACUGAAGCUCACAUGUUCGGUCCACGGCCCUAAACCUCUGCCUCGCUCUGCCCCAUUCUCUCCUCAUCUCGUUCUUACAACACAUGUCAAGUUUGCUCCAUUUGCUGCUCGCCAGCGUCGUGGAUACAUUCGUGACUCCUCAGAACGUGAUCUAGGUGUCCACCUCGAGACCGCUCUGCGAGGUGCGAUUAUUGGAGAGCGUUGGCCCAAGAGUGGAGUAGAUGUGAUCAUCACUAUACUCGAGGGCGAAGAAGACAGAUGGUGGGGAGAUGAAGUAGGAGGUGGGACAAAGGGUAUCGGGGGUGCCGGAUGGGGUCUUAUGACUGUCCUCGCUGGCUGUAUCACAUGUGCUAGCGCAGCCAUUGUCGACGCUGGUAUAGAUUGCGUCGACAUGGUUUCCGGUGGAGUUGCAGCUCUCCUGCCCGCACCGGAACGAAGUGAGAAGGGUAAGGGCAAGGAUGUUCAAGAAACUACAGUUGUGUUGGAUCCAUGUCCGAGCGAGCACCAGGAGAUACAGGCCGUCUGUGUAGUUGCGUAUCUUCAAGGCCGUGACGAGAUCACGGAACUCUGGGUGAAGGGUAAUGCUGGGGAUGCUGCGGCAGCCAUCGUCGACAAUGCCGUUAGAGCAGCAGUAGCUUCGAAGGCGGUUCUCACUGAAGCUGUUAAAGAAGCUGCUGAGCUCAAGUUUUCCGUUGAGUCCGGUCGUCCUCAAGAACAUCCCAAAGGUUCACGCGAUCUCGAAAUGAGUGGAUGACCGAACAGAACAUUGAAUUAUAUGAUACCCACAUUGCAUAGCGCCGGCGUUCCAAAAAAUCGACUGUUCAUUUUCACAGCUUGUCUUUCUCUGUGCUAUCUCUCAUCCCAUUCCAUCCACAAUGUGCCUAUGCCUAGUCUCCAUCAUAGGACGGCGAAAGGAUCCUUCCUGCUCGCGCUGUGCCAUCUGAAGAGGAUAGACCAACAUUCAAUUGCCAAGCCACAGUCUCAAGCGUUAUGCCUAAUGUCAUCGCAUGAAAAUGCAAGUUUCCUGCUACGUCGCGCAGAUGAAAUCUAUCAAUUCAAUCGUAUCUUUCGAUAUUAAAGCGGAGAG